UGUUGUAGAGGAGGAGUUAUUGAAUAAGCCUGCUGACUGAGUACCGCCUAGUUUCCGUGUCAGACUGAUCAGCGGGGGACCGCGUCUUCCCCCGUGCUAUCCUUCCUGGUACCCCGGGUGUCUCCGUGGUGCGGCGGAAGAUGGCGGCUCUCUCAGCCUGGUUCUGGAAUGAGCGAUUCUGGCUGCCACAGAACGUUACAUGGGCUGACCUAGCGGAUACCGAGUCUGGGGAGCAGUACCCGCGGGCCGGACAUAUUCUUUCCGCCUUUCCUAUUGCGCUGGGGAUCUUUGCAGUUAGGCUACUCUUUGAAAGGUUUAUUGCAAAGCCAUGUGCUCUUCGACUGGGUAUCCAAGGAAAUGGCCCUCGCAGGGCGCAGCCCAACGCCAUUCUAGAAAAAGUCUUUAUCUCUAUAACAAAGUGUCCUGACGGGAAGCGGCUGGAAGGGUUAUCAAAGCAGCUGGACUGGGAUGCACGUAAAAUCCAGAGAUGGUUUAGGCACAGACGAAAUCAAGAUAAACCAAGUACAUUAACAAAGUUUUGUGAGAGCAUGUGGAGGUUAACAUUUUACCUAUAUAUCUUUUCCUAUGGAAUACGGUUUCUUUGGUCGACGUCCUGGUUUUGGGAUACACGACAAUGCUGGUACAACUAUCCCUAUCAGCCACUAACUCCAGGGUUAUACUACUAUUACAUUAAGGAACUGGCUUUUUAUUGGUCCUUAAUGUUUUCCCAGUUUACAGAUAUCAAGCGCAAGGAUUUUCUAAUCAUGUUCAUUCAUCAUUUGGCCACGGUGGGCCUUAUUUCUUUUUCCUAUGUGAAUAACAUGGUGCGAGUUGGGACGUUAGUCAUGUGUCUUCAUGAUGCUUCUGAUUUCUUGUUAGAGGCAGCUAAACUGACAAAUUAUGCAAAGUACCAGCGGAUGUGUGAUGCUUUCUUCAUGUUCUUUGGUCUUGUGUUUGUUACAACACGACUCGUGGUUUAUCCAUUAUGGAUCCUAAAUACUACAAUGUUUGAGAGCUGGGAACUGAUAGGUCCAUACCCUUCUUGGUGGGUGUUUAAUGGUCUUCUUUUAAUCCUGCAAGUUCUUCACGUUAUCUGGUCUUUUCUCAUCAUUCGUAUUGCAUAUAAGGCAUUGCUCAGGGGAAAGGUCGCAACAGGAAAAUGUCACCCUUUGCCUGAAAUAAAAGAUGAUCGAAGUGAUGUAGAGAGCAGUUCAGAGGAAGAAGAUACUGCACUGAAUGGGACCAAAGGAAUCCACAACAUGUCCAGCAAUGGAGCCAAUCGUGUAAAUGGUCACACAUCAAGUGGCCAAUGGGCUGAGGAAUAAGCAAGUGAGUGCUUAUGUAAGCUGCCAGGAGACGGGCCAACAAGUUUCCUCAUAGGACUUCUUUUGAAACUUGGCCAGUGUCAUUCCUCACAAACCAGUCCUGAACUCUGUGGACCCUUUGAGCAGCCCUUGGAGUGUGAGGCAAUGUAUACCCUACACCAGAAGACCACACAAACUUAUUCCGGCCUAUACUUGACCUGUGUUUUGUGUCUGGAUUAGGAAUCUGGUAAGGAUUACUACAGACUGGCUUCCCACAACACAGACAUUCCUAUGUGCACACACUGCAGUCUUUCUACCUAUAUUUGCACAAUCUUUAAUAGACGUGUGCUGAAAACCCUCAUAAUUUGAGCCCUCCCAAAAACGACUGUCUUCAGUAUCUGUGACUACAAGGUUUGGAGGGACGUUAGCCAUUUCUGGUUAUAGAACAUCAAUGGGAGGUGUUAGUGGAUCACAAAGCCAUCGUCUUUGUGGUCUGUGCAGAGAACUAUGGUGCCCAGCGAAAAAAACACUGACAAACUCAUCAGUACCAGGUACAAGGGGUAGCAGUCUAAAUACACAGCAGUGUGUAGAUGCAUCUAAUCAGAGAUGUGCUCCUUGAUGUCAUUUUAUAUCAUUGUUUACUUCAGUCUGUGAUUAAAAAUACACGUUAAGAAAAAGACAAAAAAACAACUGAA